UUCCGCGUGCAAAUUCUGUAAUAACGAAGUGUACGGCUCCCUCUUGUAAAACUGAAAACUUUGACUGCCUUGACCACAGCGUCCACCACACGACUUCACGUUUACGCGUAACAAUUAGAAGCGUCCGAUUUAUAAUGCGCCCUCUCUUAAUAACAUAAGGAACAAGUUAACGUACUUGGUAACGAACUUUCAAACUUUGGUGUAACACCCUAUCUCGGAUCCAUGGCAACGACUAGGACGCCCUCUCCCAAAACUGAUUACUUUUCUGUGCCAAAUCAACGCUUCUAUGAGUUACGCGUAAAAUCUUGUGUUUAUAAGAUCUUUGAUUGUUAGUCUCAGAAGUGCUGUUGUCAUUUAUUUUAUACUGAAUUCAUAUGAAAAUUAUUUUCAAUUGGUAACCUUCUCUUUUAAUGGGCAUUAUUAAUAACUUUCGUAUAUGUAUGUAGGAGUAUUUUGGUGUAAAUCACACCAAGGAUAACCCAAAGACUUGCUGACAGUGGGGUCUUUCUGGUGGUGAAUUAGGCAGACAAUCCCCUACUCUUCCGAAGAACAGUGCACUGCGUUCUGUAACAUGCACCAUGGGCCAUAGUGCGUAGUGCACUAUCGUAACUUGCAUUGCAGGCCUCCAGAAACACAAGCUUUCGUCCACACAGUGGACUUCAUCAGGAGACUGUACAAAUGGGAUAAGAAAACUACCAAAAAUGUUUAUCCACCUGAACCCCACCAUAGUUGAGGCUCAGCCCAUUCUAGGAAACCGCGAUCCGCUAAUGGAAGCAAUGGAAUUCAUACAAGAUCUAGAAUCGGAUAAAUACGGAGGACAUUUAUCGAUUCAACAAACAAGCACAUGGAUGGGGACACUAUGGGAGCGAUCUGGUUGUACAGAGAUUCUCGGCGAUAAAUGCAAUGAUUGUUUAUCAGUUGAGACGCUAUUCGAGAUAAUAGAAGCCAAUAACAGUGAGGGAUUGACGGAUGCUACGUAUCCAAGGGCUAGCGUGGUAUUAACAUACUUCCUAUACAGUUUUACGGAGGUUUGUCAGACUGCACCAACGGUACAAAAUUACACUUGGUACUUAACGGAGGUGAUGAGCGCUAGUGGGUGGGAAGCUUCCUCUAACGUGCGACAUAUUAAUCAAGAGAUAAACCCAGACAGCGAGGUGUAUCUUACAGAGGAUGGACUUUCAUUUAUUCUAAAGCUUAUCAAUAAAACAUACGCCCCACUGUCCAAAGUCAAGGUUGCGCAAAUUCUUGAUCGCGAAAUUGUUCUUUCUUGUCCAAGUGUUUCCAAAAGAGUUUUAAAAAGAAGUUCAAUGUACGAGUUCCACACUUCCAAUUGCUGGUAA